AUAUUCUCAAGACGUUCUUGAAUAAGAUUUACCUAAAGAGAUUAUCCUUUAAUUUCAGCAUUGUUUCUUGCAUUAGCCUCAGUGGAUAUGGUUCUCCCUCUUCAUUCUGUCUUGAUUUCAGUGAAUGACAACUUCCAAAUUUCGUGUGACAACUGUGUCCAGUCCUGUUGUGUAUAAUUAAACUGGAGCUUCUUAGCCUUUUGGGAUUUUCCCCAAUUAGGUAGCAGAAAAAAAAUGUUGGAUAAUAUCAAAUCCUGGGCUGAGUAUAUUGUGGAAUGGGCUGCAAAGGAUCCAUAUGGAUUUCUUACAACAGUGAUCCUAGCUCUUACACCCCUAUUCUUAGCAAGUGCAGUACUGUCAUGGAAACUGGCAAAAAUGAUUGAAGCCAGGGAGCGAGAGCAAAAGAAGAAACAGAAGCGCCAGGAAAAUAUUGCUAAGGCUAAACGAACAAAGAAGGACUAAGAUGUAAACCCUGCUGGACAGAAGUUUUCUAAACAGCACUGUUCUUACAUUUAUAUCUUUUUGUGUUGUAAUCUUUACAGGAGAUGGAUAUGCAUCAAUUUGAGAAUUCUUAAAAUAAUGUGUUCUUUUUAAUUUGUCAUUAAUUUUAAUAGCUUUUUAAGAAGUAUUGUCCUGGGAGUUAUUUUCUAAUUUGGGGUGUAUUUGUAAGCAAAAUGUAAGCUGAAAUACAUGUAUAAAAUGUCUUUAUAAAAUAUGACAUGAUUUUGUUGAUUAAAGAUCUAGCUAUGAUUUUAUAGCACGGAAAAUAUAUGUGCUGUUCUGUUUUUUAGAUUUUUUUUCUAUAGGACUAAACCAUAACUACAUUAUUCUUAUAUUGCCUAGAUUUCAUAGCAAGAGUCAGUAUGUUCACCUUUUGUUGAAUUGUACUAUGGAAUUCUUUGGGGUAAUUCACAUCCUAACAAAAGGGGAUGCCUGCCCAUUCUGUGUGUUUUUGUUGUCGAAUGUAAAAUGGUAGCAGUCCUUAUCUGCAGAAUAUUUUGGAAAAAAUGUGAAAUAUGACCACUUGUUUGAUCUAUGUAGGACCAAUAAGUGGGAAUAAUGGCUUUGACGCUAAAGUACUAUUAUGUGAACAGAUAGGAUCAUUACAUGCUGCUUCAUUCUGUCCAUACAAAUAAUAGUGAUAUAUUAAGGGAAAUGACAGCACUGCUAUGUUUAAGCGAAUUUAAGGAGACUCUAGGUAUAGUAUUACUCAAAAGCAGGGAUAGAAUUUGAAUUGAAUGUCUCUUGAUUGAACUUAGCUUGGCUUCGGUCUUCAUACUUAAAAGCAUCAUUCCUUAGGUCCAGUAAAGGCAGCAUACAGUAUCAGUUCCUCACGAUGUGCUAAAGGUUUUAAUAGACCCUGAUUUUUUGCUGUCUUCCUAUGACUCAGUUCAGACAGAAUACACAACCAGUGCUUCCACUACUGCAGGCUCCCUCUUCUCCUGUGCCUGCAAAGAUGAGAUGGAAAGCUUCUUUUCCUAUUUUAAACUAACCACAGUUUCCUAUAACAGCUGAGCAGAGGAGGCUGUUGUUAUUUUAACCGAUGGCUUAAGAACUAGUGUUUGAAUAGUAUGGUUUCCUGUGAAAUUUGAACCAAUCUACUGCCUCCUAGGACAAGGUGGGGGGCAAGGGAAGAGAUGAAGGCUUAUGCAUGGCAGACAACAAAUGGCUGGCGCCAUUGUUUUAGCCUGGGGAGGCAUUUCAGUGAUGCCAUUGUUAUAUUUCUAAUUAAGCCCUACUUGUUGCAGACAACUAUACUUAAAAGCAAGGAUUCUUAAGAAUCCAUGGUUAGAUUAACACCCUACAAGUAUGUGUAAGUGUGGUGGUGCUGUUCCUACUUGAACUGCUGUACUUACCACAGCAGCAUUUGUAAGUCAAUACCAGCAGACUGCUCCCUGUGAGUUACAAGCCAGUUAUAAAUAAGCCAGUUGUAAAUAAAGUAGUACAAUAUUGCAGCUAUGGAAGAACUGGUUUACACAUGGCUGUAGUAAAUUAUACCAGAGCUUCCUUUAUGCCACAACAGCUUUGUAUUAUAUCACUCCUUUCAAAGGCAUGGUGGUGGAGAUUCAAGAGCACCGAUUAAUGCAGUAGCAAUGGGAUGAAAUCCUGGAUUAGCACGAGUUAAUGGGGUCCUGCCAUGAGCUGUGACAUUGUGUUGACAUUGUAGCAACCAUGGGUUACUGAUGUAAGGACUGAUAAAGCCAGGAUAGGAAACAUAGCUUAAUCUAGUAAUAGCUGGCAUCUCUGAUGAAAUGUCAAGUAUAAUUGUUUAUGUGUGUUAAAAAAAAAUCCAGGCCACAUUUUCUCUUGUGAAUAUUAUAUGUACUGAUUGUACAUUUCAGCUAUGGAACAGCAUUAAUCUUAUUUAAAUUUCUACUUUCAAUAAAUGAUACUUAAAAAUUGGCUUUGUUAAUUUGUAAGGAUACUGAAUAAUCUUUAUAAUAAGGAGGGUGUAACUCUAGUGUGUGCCUCUAUACACAACCUGAAAACAAUUAAACAGCGCUGUUCAAGUG